AUGGGGUCGGACAACUCAACAGAAGCUCGUGUGAGUAGUCAGAGUGCCGACCUAGAGGUGACUGGAGAGAGUUUUGCAGGUCGGUUCCGGGUGGCCGCGAGGUGCGGGAACCGGCACCAGCCGCCCAGCGAGUGGUCAGCUGUGGUCCGCCUGGCAGACCGCAUCUGGGACUCCGCAAUGUCGCCGCCAGCAGGUGGGGGGGAGGAGGGGGAGGGGUGCGCCGGUGCCCUGGCGCAGCUCCGCAACCUCACGUCGGACCAAUGCUGGAAACUCCGCAACAAGCUCCACUGCCGGAUCGCCGCCGACUGUACCGACUCCUGCUCUGUACCGAGGUUGAAGAAAAUGGAAUGGAACAUGAUAAAGCUGCAGACGGAUGGUAUAAGGCAUCACGUCGUGUCCCAGUCACUGCGUGCUGUUUCGAGCAUCACGAGGGCCAUGGUCGGCAGAGUGAGAUGUGAGGACUACUAUCGACCUAAUUUUAAGGGGAGGAACUGGUACAAAUUUGAACUGCAGGUCCAGGCGGCGGUUCUCCGGGAACGUCUCUCCAACUACUGGCGAGACGUGGCGCAGCUGCUGUCGCUCAGUGCGACGCACUCCUCGCAGCUGUUGGUUCCCCUCGCAUUCGAACGUAUGGAUAACCACACGAGUGGUCAGCAACUCCACGGUUGGAUUAAGGACGUGGAGCGUAUGAAAGACAUGCUGCACAUGAAAUUAACCGGAUUGCUACACGACACGCUAUACGCCAGCAAACAGAUAGAGCACUACAAGAUGGAAGAAGAUAAGGACAGGCCCGGGCACUUGAUAUUGAGGCGGCCGCUGUUGAGUGAACGCCUACUGCGCUAUCAGCCGUGGAACCUCUCCUUUCACGACUUCAGUGCGGUGUGCAGGGAUCGGCAGCCAGAGGCGUCAAAAGUGCUGAGUCUCGCUGACACACUGUACGCCUUCUAUCGUGGCUACUGGUACGCUGCAGCUGCGUACAUCGAUACACUGUACAAAGAUGAUUUCAAGACUGUAGAUGAGGAGUGGCAGCUAGAGGACAGAAGCAACGUUACACUCUCCGUGGACACUGACUGCGUGCAGCUGUUGGCAAACGCCCUGGACCACCCCACGUGUCCGCUGGAAGACCUGCCAGUGGAUGCCCUUAAGCAGCGCCAGCAGUGCCGCGUGCAGCUGUGGGAUGACAUGGUGCAGAGGUCGCCCCACAUACCCGUGACCAGCUACCUGGCCUACACACAGAGGGUGAAUGUCAACCUCUGCCUUCUGGCCUGGAUGGCAGUCAACUCGCUCGGCAUUUGUCAGGAUGUCCCCUUCAGUAUGAUGCGGUCCAUGCAUGAUGCUCGCUGCUAUUUCGAUACUCCUGACGAUCAAUCAUGUGUGGAAUCGAACGCUACAGAUGCCAUCUGCUCUGUUUCCAGAGCUAUUCUAUGUAUGCUUGUGUUCGCCAUCUCAGGCUUCCUAACCACCUACUACCUGCUGAAGUAA